AAAAAUCAAACAAACAGUAUCCAACAGUCACAAAUUCCAGAUCUUUCUACUACCUUCUUUCUUUUUCUCUGUGGGCGCUCACCUUCUUCUUUAUAUUCUUCUCCUUCACAAUUACAACUCUUAUCUGUUUUCUACGCCCUAGAUCAUUUCAUUCUUUAAUUCUUUCUUUGUCUCUCCUUUUCUUUCUUCAACUAUCUCAAAAAUGGCCUCUGGAACUGAUUUACCUGAAUUAUCUUCAGCUUUUGAGAGAAUAUUAACGCAAAGAGACCUCUCUUUAUUUUUGCCUUUCUUUUUAGGCUUCGCCACCACGACAACCACCUCUGAGAGAGAAAACCCAGAUCAAGAACCGCCACAAACUGCCACCCCAGGUGAAAGAAUCAUCCUUAUAAACCCUUUUACUCAAGGAAUGGUAGUGAUUGAAGGAACUGCAAAUUUAGAUUCUUUACUUAGAGAUUUAGGUAGCAAGAGUGGUCAGCCACCUGCCUCAAAGGCUUCAAUAGAGGCUAUUCCUAGUGUUGAAAUUAAAGAAACUGGAGGCGAUAAGGAUAGUGAGUGUGUGAUUUGUUUGGAGGAGUGGGAGAUUGGUGGGUUGGCUAAAGAGAUGCCUUGUAAGCAUAGGUUCCAUCGCAAUUGUAUCGAAAAAUGGUUGGGGAUUCAUGGGUCUUGUCCUGUUUGCAGGUAUAAGAUGCCUGUUGAUGAAGUGGAGUUGGAAAAGAAAAGAGAUGAAGAAGAAGGAGAAGGGAGAGAUAGAAGGAGAUUUGAAAGAGAAAUUUGGGUUAGUUUUUCUUUUAAUAGUAAUAGGAGAAGUCAGGAAUCAAAUCAGAGUCCUCCAACUCAAAAUUCUAAUGAUUCCUCUUCGUCAAGUCCAACACUUGAUUAAGAUAUGGAGGGUUAGAUGAAUUUUUCUAAGAAUAUGCAAUUUUUUUUUUUCACUGUAUUUUUGGUGUGUCUUUGAAUCGCUUGUAUAUAGUUUACAUUUCUGAUUGGAUAAUAAAUAAACAAAUAUGUAUAAUUAUUUUCUUCCA